AUGGCAACUGACGAGUGGGGAACAGAACACUCUCAUAAAUGUGGCAAUGCCACUCACAAACCUCCCUCCGUACAACGAGCAGAACACCAAGAACUGGUUUUACAGCUGGAAGCCAUUUUCUCAGUACGGAAAAUCACAUCACAACAAGCAAAAUUCGUCAACGUGGUACAAGUUUUGCCACCUUCAGUUGUCGACGAAGUAGCCGACAUCUUGGAACACGUACCCGAGCAGGAGCCAUAUACUCGCCUCAAGGAUGCUAUUCUGAAACGAACCGGCCGUUCGGACGAGGAACUGCUCCGGGAACUUUUACCCACGCCCGAUGCCGGCGACCGGCGGUUGGCGACGGAGAGCACGGAGUACCAGCAGGGAUCGACGAGUCGACCCGGAAUUAUGCUGGUACCAUCACAGAUUCGGCACCAGGGCAAAGAAUUGCUCGGCACCCUGCAAAUACAGCUCCAAAACCAAGUCGGAAAACUAAACAGCCGGCGGGUAGGAGUGGCAGAACCCCGGCAAAAACAUACGAAGCCGCCUUUUCUACGUAUGGGACCGACGGAACAACAUAAAGUUUCUAGUGGACACAGGAGCAGCUAUCAGCGUGAUACCCCCAAAGAACAGCAAGACCGAAAGGCGACCCCGUAUAAACUCCAGGCAGCAAAUGGCUCGACGAUCGAGACAUAUGGAGCCAAAACACUGACUCUGAACAUCGGUAUGCGGCGCGAUUUUACCUGGACUUUCACCCAGGCAGACGUAAAAACGCCAAUACUCGGGGCAGAUUUCCUGGCCCAUUAUGAUCUAGCCGUGCACAUGAAUACGAGAACUUUAUCAGACAAUACCACGAACAUUGCUGUUAAAGGCACCCUCUCUCGACACAACACCACUGGAAUCAGUGUGACAACUUGCCACGGACGAGAGUACAUCGAGAUCCUAAACAGAUACUCGGACCUCAUUCAACCACUCGCAGGUACCGGUCCGGCGAGACACCAAACACAGCACCAUAUAAAGACCAGUGGACAGCCAACAUUUUCCCACCCACGACGACUUCCUCCUCAUAAGCUGGAAUACGCCCAAAAGGAAGCAGUCCGGCCUCCUCAUCAGCAGCAGCCAAGGCCAGCAGCAGCAGCAGCUAGAGCCAGCAGAGCAGUCCGGCCUCCUCAUCAGCAGCAGCAGCAGCAGCUAGAGCCAGCAGAGCAGUCCGGCCUCCUCAUCAGCAGCAGCCAAGACCAGCAGAUAUCAGCAGCAGCCUAUCCUCGGCAGCACAUGAUAUGCACUAGACUACCAAGCUGCGAUCCUGCGCGACACUCCACCCAAGGACGAACUGAAUACACCACAGCACUGUCCGCGUCGAUCCUCUCUCUCUGCAAGCGCCGACGCACCCUUUACUCAAGUACAGACAUCCAGGGAUCGACUGGACCUCGGACAUCCCUGUUUCCAUUCGGCCUACCUCCAAGCUGUCGCCUUGAAACCUGA